GCCAUGGCCGAAUUGGAAAGCAUCGCAAGCAUCCUGGUGGUUGUGGAAAUUCUGGUGGCCAGCACCACCACCGAAUCAACUUCGACAAGUACCAUCCAGGUUACUUUGGAAAGGUCGGUAUGCGCAACUUCCAUCUCAUCAAGCAUGGCAAGGUCAUCCCGAUCGUCAACGUGGAGCGAUUGUGGUCCUUGGUGUCGGAGAAGACACGUGAGUACUACAAGGACAAGACAGACAAGGCCCCAGUGAUCGACGUCAUGAAGGCUGGCUACAUGAAGGCUCGUGGCCUUGUGGCAAAUCUGCGUGAUGCAGCUAA